CCCAGUUGCCAGUUAAUCAUUUCAAUCAGUUGUGAGUAGUUGUCCUUGUAAAUCGGUUAAUAUUUUGUUCAAAUCCGUUAAGAAAAAAAAACAAGAAGGUUGGAAAUCUGAAGCAUGAUCUGGUUUUCUCUUGAAAUUUAAAUAAUCCUACAAACAAAACCAGCUGACAAAAAGUUGUUCAUGUUUAGUAUAAAUUGACAAUUUUCGCCUUGGAAGAAACUAUUCAAACUCAUCUUUUUGAAAUUUUUUGUGUGUGUUUUUUUUGUAGCUAUUUUAUACUUUUUGUCAAGUUUCAAUCGAGACUGAAAGAGAGUAACGAGAUCUAGUUAUUUAUAUGACAUAAUGGAAGACGAAGAAUUCAAGAAACUGCCCAUCGAUGAGAGAUGCGUUCACAAGCUGUGGAAAGCCAGAGUUAACGGCUACGAAGAAGUUACAAAACUAUUUCGACAAAUUGACGACGAGAAGUCUCCGGAAUUCGGAAAGUAUUUGGGAUUGGUGAGGAAGUUUGUAAUUGAUAGCAAUGCGAUGGGCCAAGAAAAGGGUCUGGAGGCUACCUUGGCCUACGUGGAGAACUACGCAAACGCUGGCAAAACCGUGUCGGAAGUAAUGUCGGGCAUAGUAGCCAAGUGUGUAGCGGCUCCGAGGACCAAAACUAAAGAACUAGCCCUACAAGUUAUUCUGAUGUACAUUGAAAUAGAGAAAUACGAAGCGGUCCAAGAGGAGCUGAUGAAAGGGAUGGAUUUGAAGAACCCCAAAAUCGUAACGGCGUGCGUUAAUGCUUGUACCGUAGCUCUAAGGGAGUUUGGGUCUAAAAUAAUCAGUGUGAAACCUCUGCUGAAAAAGAUCAGUGUACUGCUGGCCGAUAGAGAUAAGGCUGUGCGAGAUGAAACUAAACAGCUGAUUGUGGAGAUGUAUCGGUGGGUUGGAGCUGCUCUGAGGCCUCAGCUGCAAGCCGCCAGCUUGCAACCGUUACAGAUAACCGAAUUAGAAGCGGAAUUUAGUAAAAUAGAGGGACAGAAGGCUUCGCCUACAAGAUACAUCAGGUCUCAUGUAAUUAUCCUUGUAAUAUUGCAGACAAACUUCGAAGCGAUCCUGGAAGACGUGACCGAAGCACUGAACAACAAAAAUCCCUCCGUGAAAACUGAAACUUGUUCCUUCUUGGCAAGAGCUUUUUGUAGGACAUUACCCACAGCAUUGAAUAAAAAAUUACUGAAAGCUAUCUGUACUCCUCUUAUCAAAACCAUCAACGAGUCAGAUCCGGCUGUCAGAGAAUCGGCUGCAGAAGCUUUGGGAACCCUCAUGAAACUGGUCGGAGAAAAGGCCAUAGCACCCUUCUUGGUCGAAUUAGAAAAAGAUAAUUUGAAAAUGGCCAAGAUCAAGGAGAACUGUGAUAAGGCUGUGAUCCUCGUUAAAGUUUCUGGGGUGAAGAAAGAGAGGGCUGCCACUGCCCCUGCAAAAAUUGAGGCUCCCAAAGGCCCAAACAAAGCCCCGGCUAAAAAACCAGUUGCUACUAAGAAAAAAACGGAGAUAUCUUCCGGUUCGGCCACCGUCGUCAGAUCCAAAGGUCCAAAAGGUUUGGCGAAAUCUGCUUCUCAAAACAUAGAAAAGGAACUGACGGAUGAGGAGGUUGACGAAAUUGUAGCAGGAAUGUUGAGUGCAGAAAUAGUUGGUGAUAUUUCUAAUUCGAAUUGGAAGACUAGACUCGCCGCUUCCGAACAGAUCAUGACAGAAAUACAGACCCUAGACUCCAAAUCUGUCCCGACCCAAGCCCUCGUCAAAUUUCUAGCCAAGAAACCCGGCCUGAAAGACACGAACUUCCAAGUGCUCAAAGCCAAACUGGAAGUGGUCAAGUACUUGGCGGAGAACUGCAAAUUCACGAUAACCACAGCGAACUGUUGCGUAACGGAAAUCGCAGAAAAAUUCUCCGACGCCAAGAACGGUACUGCAGUAGCUGAAACUCUCACCGCAAUAGCGGAAGCGACUACUCUCGGGCUGGUGUCCGAUUUAGUGCUGGAUUUCGCCUUCGGCCAAAGGAGCCCCAAGGUUCAGCAGGAAGCGCUGGGUUGGCUCAAUGUUUCGAUCAAGGAGUUUGGAUUUUCUAAUAUAAACGUGAAGGGUCUCAUCGAGAAUAGCAAAAAGGGUCUGUCAUCGACGAAUCCUGCCGUCAGACAGACGACUAUUUCUCUCCUGGGAACGAUGUAUCUUUACAUGGGGGCCACGCUGAACGUUUUCUUCGAGAAUGAAAAGCCUGCUUUGCGAGAUCAGAUCAAUGCGGAAUGUGACAAAUAUGAGGGGCAGAAGCCUCCAAUUCCUACCAGAGAAAGACAUGUCCCUCCUCGAGGAGAGAAUAAAAAGGUCGAGCAGAAAAACUUUUGCCCCUCCCAGACCGGACUUGAAUGCCACCGUAGUGACGACAGCACUAUCGCCCCAGAAGGAAAAUACCCCACCCAAUAGAGCCGUGGAAGACAAUACCUUCGUAAGCAACGGCGUUAACAACAACUUUGAACAGGACGAUGAUAUGGAGGAGGAAAGUUUACCGCCAGUCAACUUGCCACCUCAGAUAGUUCAGGAACCCCCCAAGAAGGAAAUCGACGGACCGUUCCGGUUAGACCCCGAAUUCAUGAAAGAGCUGGACAGCAUACAACAACAACUGAAAGUCACCAAGCCACAGUUGAGGACGUUCGACCUCAGUUUCUUGUAUGAGGAAAUAAAAGUACCUACGAUCGAGGAAGCCAGGGCAGCGGUACGUUCAGAGGCGUUUCAGCCUGUCAAACUGAGCUCAGCACUCACAAGAAUGAGCUUGCUUAACGUCAACAAGCUUCCUAGUCCGAAGAAGAGCGAUCCCACCAUAGAGAGGCUGAUCAAGCAGAUGACCUCGCCUAAUAUGUCCAUCGCUUUGAUG